AUGCAUUGCUUACUGAGGUCCAGAUGGCUUGGCUUUGUGCUCCAAAAUAGGACAAAUAACCUGCAUCUGAUCCGCGCCUUAUCCUCUUCUGUGUCUGGGGAUCAGUUGCCUGUGGAACUGCAAGAGCUGUGUGGAGUUGUUUCUAGCUCCGUUGGCGGUUUGGACGACUUAGAAGCUAGUCUGAAUGGUUUUACAUGUACUUUGUCAUCCUCUCUAGUCAGAAAAAUCAUAGAUCACUGCAAAGAGGAUGCACCCACGAGACGACUGUUAAGAUUCUACCUCUGGUCAAGUAGAAAAUUAGAUUUCGAGACCCAAGAUGAAGACUUCAACCACGUGCUUCGAGUUUUGGCAGAGAAGAAGGACCAUAAAGCAAUCGAGAUUCUGAUUUCUGACAUGGGGAAACAGGGCCGUGUUAUGGAACCUCAAACUUUCGGCGUCGUGGCCGAGACAUUGGUUAAACUUGGGAGAGAAGACGAAGCGUUAGGCUUGUUCAAGAAUUUAGACAAAAAAUUCAAAUGCCCACAAGAUAGUGUUACUGUGAGUGCCAUUGUGACCGCUCUUUGUGCCAAAGGGCAUGCUAAGAAAGCACAAGGGGUGGUUUGGCAUCACAAGGAGAAGAUUUCAGGUACGAAGCUCUGCAUUUACAGGAGCCUUUUGUACGGAUGGUCAGUCCAGUUGAACGUGAAGGAGGCGCGAAAGGUUAUCAAAGAGAUGAAAGGAGAAGGGGUAAUGCCUGAUUUGUUUUGUUUCAAUACCUUUAUCAGGUGUCUCUGUGAAAAGAAUGCCAAACACAACCCUUCGGGGAUUGUUCCCGAAACUCUGAAUGUGCUGAUGGAAAUGAGGACUUAUUCCAUCCAGCCCAACUCGAUUAGCUACAAUAUUUUGCUUUCCUGUCUUGGAAGGACGAGGAGAGUGAAGGAAUGUGUUAAGGUAUUUGAGUUGAUGAAGAGAUCCGGGUGUGCUCCCGAUUGGCACAGCUAUUAUCUGGUUGUGAAAGUAAUGUAUCUGAGUGGGAGAUUUGGUAAAGGCAGUCAACUCGUGGAUGAAAUGAUGGAGGAGGGAUUGGUACCGGAUCGCAAGUUUUUCUAUGAUUUGAUUGGUGUUCUUUGUGGAGUCGAGAGGCCAAAUCUGGCUGUUGAGCUAUUUGAUCGAAUGAAGAGAAGUUCGUUGGGUGGAUAUGGCCCGGUAUAUGAUGUGCUGAUCCCAAAGCUUUGCAGGGGUGGGGAGUUCAACAAGGGUAGAGAACUAUGGGAUGAGGCCGUGGCUAUGGGGGAGAACAUUUCUUGCUCAGAAGCUGUGUUGGAUCCCUCGGUUACUGAAGUUUUCACCCCAAGGAGGAAGGUGGAGGAGUUGGUGAGGCUCCAGGAGUCCACACCACCGCCAUUACUAGCUAGGACCAGGAGGCCUAUCAAGUUCAGAAAAGGUCAAUUGCAGGCAGCUGCCAGAAGGAAGGUUGGGUUCCAGUUUGGGAAGUCCAAAAAUGGAGUCAGAAAAGACAACAAGAAGCAUCAAGAUAGGAAACAAGUGUAG